CCCCGCCCCGCCCCGCCCGCAGCCAUGCGUACUGAGCUUGUUAUCGGCUCGCUUGUUAUGACUGGAGAAGGCCUCGGACUCAAUUAAAACUUAUCCGCGGGACAGCCGCAUGCUCAUGGAGGGCAUGGACAUAGACCUGGAUCAGGAGCUCAUGCAAAAAUUCAGCUGCAUGGGCACCACGGAUAAAGAUGUCCUCAUCUCGGAGUUCCAGAGGCUGCUGGGCUUUCAGCUCAACCCGGCGGGCUGCGCCUUCUUCCUGGACAUGACCAACUGGAACCUACAAGCAGCUAUUGGUGCAUAUUAUGACUUUGAGAGUCCAAAUAUCAACACGCCGUCAAUGUCUUUUGUGGAAGAUGUGACGAUUGGAGAGGGAGAGUCCGUUCCUCCAGACACACAGUUCACAAAGACAUGGAGGAUACAGAACACAGGUGCAGAGUCGUGGCCCCCAGGUGUGUGUCUGAAGUAUGUUGGCGGGGAUCAGUUUGGUCAUGUGAACAUGGUGAUGGUGCGUUCUCUGGACCCGCAGGAGAUCUCAGACGUGAGUGUGCAGAUGCGCAGUCCAGCCGUUCCUGGCAUGUACCAGGGCCAGUGGAGAAUGUGCACUGCCACUGGACUCUUCUACGGAGAUGUGAUCUGGGUGAUCUUGAGUGUGGAAGAAGGAGGCCUGCUGGGCGUCACACAGCAGUUAUCCUCCUUCGAGACAGAGUUCAACACGCAGCCCCACCGCAGUCUGGAGGGAGACUUCAACCCUUUCGCUUCACCACAGAAGAACAAGCAGGACACCAAUGAGGAUCAUCUAAAAGACCCCGGGGGCCACUGGGAGGCCCCUCUGGACUCCAUUCAGCAAGAUCAAAAUGGACUCAAUCACACCUCUGUAAAUAUUACACCAAAUGGUCUCCAAACCAACUUAUCAGUAGUGACUUACAGCCAGGGCAUUAAUGGACCCUUCCCGUUCGGACAGUCUUAAGAUACAGAAACCGCCGAGUAGCUCAUCAGAGCUGCUGCUUUUGCCCUUUUCCAGGGUUCAGUGAGAGGAGGAACAGAUUUACUCUAAAGACUUGGUGACCCUUCCUCUCCACCAACGCACCACAACAUCACAUAAAUGUGUGGUCAAAUCUGUUUGGCUCCAAAUCAAUAUUGAACCAACACCUGAGUUACGCAUGUGUGAAUGCUAGAUUUAGAUGAGUGCUAGAAAUUCUACAGAGAUAUAAUGAAAAAUACACCGUUUUUUGAUCCGUAUUGUCACAGUACAGCAGUAAAUUCAGAUGUGUGAUUGAGUGCACGAAUGCACAAGAGAAAGAGAGGCAGGACGGGUGGGUGGAUGAAUGAAUGAAUGAUGAGUGAAUCUUACGAGAAUGUGUCAUGUUUCACAGUAAAAUCAAUAGGAGAGCAUAAAAUUUUUAUAUUUUGCAUACAGAAGAUAAAACAUGUUUUUAGGACUUUAAAGAUAUAUAUAUAGUUUUUGUUGAAUCAAACUGUCACAUUUAAUUGAAAUAUUUCAAUUUUAAAAUUGCACUUUUUUAUAAACCUAAUUUAAAUGCAAACAAUUAACAUAUGGCAUAUUUACAAUUUAAAUAUAUAUUCUGGCAUUCACUACCAUAAAAAUAAUGUCACAAUAAAGGUAAUCUUAAAAGUCCUAAAAACAGACUUAAUUUUCUUUAAGCUAAGUAUAAUUUUUCAUUUCUUCCUUUUGGUUUUUUGGUGGAAUAUGUCCAGGGUUUGUUCUUGACAGAUUUUGUGGGAGUCACCUCAAUUUGUGUGCAACUGAGUGUUUCAGCCAUGCACAAAAGCCAUCAACAAAGAAUGAAUGCCCGGCAAGUAGAUUUCUAAUUUUUCAUCAGUGUUCUCUGACUUUUUCUUUACAAACUGAAGAGUUUUGAGAAAAAAGGUCAAUGUGCCUACUUGGAGGUUUAAUUGUGUAAUUUCUUCAUAUGGUCCAUGCCAGCCACUUGUAAUUGCUUAUUACAAAACUGUUCUCUGGAUUCAGUAAAAAAAGAAAAAGAAAAAAAAAGAAGCCCAGCAACCUGUACAGCGGACAUGAGCACAUUAUAGUGAGAGUCUCAUUAUAUUGAAGUAUACAUCUGUACUGCCACCACAGGUCAAGUCAUAGCUGUCGUCAGAGAUCUUGUCGCUGUUAUCUUAUUCGUUUACAUUGAUGUUGUUCUGGAGUUCCAGAGUGCUGAUGUCGGUUUUCCACUUGUAAUGACUCAGUCCAUCAGAGAUGAUAGCAAGCAGAUGUGGCUUCGGUUCCCUUGUUUACUGACCCAGGAGUUCACAAGCAUGUCAUUGAUUUUCCCAAUCACACAUUUCUGUCGUUCACCUAGACCUACGAUGGUAUUAAGCUGUUUUAAAUGAGCUGAGGGUGUUUUAAUGAGGGGAAAGUGUGAGAAUGAGUUCAUUUUAAAGGAAUAUUUUGGAUUAAAUGCAAGUGAACGUCAUCUGUGACAGAAAAUGAUUUGGAUUUGUACCUCUCUACCAGAAAAUGCAUUGACAUGUAUGUGCCUUCAAUUGAAGUCUGUGGAAAGUGCACUACUUCCAUUGAAAUUGCAUUUCCCUACACUUUUUUUUAUUUUUAUGUUUAAUCUUACUAAGGUACCAGUUAUUUUCUGUGGUAGCAUUUGCAUUUAUCCAAAAAUAUUCCUUUUAAUUUGUAUUCUGGAGUUGUUGCCGUGUGUUGAAAUGGCAGAUUUGGAGUUGGAACGCUCCUUAUAAUAUUUUUACGCAUUAAAGGAGUUUUGUGGAGUUAAUUUGGUUUAAAUCGUGCCUCUGUGUUUGGUAUGAUGGAAAGCUUCUUGGAUGUUUAUAUCCUGCUAAAUAUAUCUGAUUGGCUGUUUCACUCAUCAUUUUCUGUUUUCUGUUUCAAUGGUUAGGCAAUUUGUAAGACAUAAAACAAAGUUAACAAGUCUCCUACAAUGUUUUUCUUUAUUGGUCUUUCUACUGAAAUAAACGUUACGUCAUCUGGAUGAAAGCGUUUAAAGUAAUUAGCUGCUAUCCUCAAGCAGUAUGCAAAUCAAUAAGCCCAAAUUGACCUUUGUCAAGGCAAUAGAUUAGUGUCAGCAUGUCCUGUUAAAUUUAACAUGUCAGCCAAUUCUUGUCCGUUUCCCCACAGUUCUAUGCACCUGGAAAAUUUUGCCAUUAACAAUUCUGACCUUGUGUCCAGUGUUUUCGAAAUGCUGUGGCUUCAGUUUUACAUUGCAAAUGAUCUAUGCAGUGUUUUAAGGGACAGCCCCUUCCAUAUUUCAAAAAGUUGCACUAACAGUUGAAGCAUAAAAGAAGUUAAUUUUCUCAAACGGGUCUUUUUUUUUUUUUGUCGCCGUUAGUACAGAAAUAAACCGACGUUUUGCCUAUUGCUCAGCCCAUAAACAGUUCAUUGGAUGAUACCAUCGCUUCAUCAGUCAGGUCUUCCUUUGAGCUGUUCUUAGUGAAUGUCCUCAUCCCAAGCGCUGCACACUUCACAGCCUCCUUCCGAUUUAUAAUUACACUCUGGAGUUUUUUUUUUUUUUUUUGCUGUUGCUUAUGCAUGUGAGAAGUGUGAUUGAUUCAUUGUUGCAUUAUUGUCUUUUUUCUGAUUUCUUUCUUUUUUUCUGUUAGCUCUGUUGGGUAUUCUGCACCGUGGCAUGGUGUAUGAUUGAGCGGAGAGUUUGCAUAGAGUCCUAUGAUAGCACAGUGAAAAAGAGAAAAUAUGAAAAGCCUUUUCCUGUAUGUAUAAUUGAACAUUUGUAUGAUUAAAUUAACACUGAAACAUGA